AUGGCGUUUCUGGUCUCUUCACUGACGGUGUUAGUGAUGAUCUUCUCCAGGCCCAUUUCCUCCAUUAGCUGUGACCUGCCUCAUAGCCUUGGCUCGGGAAGGCAGGAGACCUUCACAGCUCUGGACCAAAUGGGGACAAUCUCUCUUCUUUCUUGUCUGAAGUAUAGGACUGACUUCAAAUUCCCCCAGAAGGAGCUGGAUGGCAGCCAGUUCCAGGAGGCCCAGGCCAUCUCUGUCCUCCACGAGAUGCUCCAGCAGAUCUUCAGCCUCUUCCACACAGAGCGCUCCUCUGCUGCCUGGAACACCACCCUCCUGGACCGACUCUGCACUGGACUCCAUCGGCAGCUGGAAGACCUGGACACCUGUUUGGUGCAGGCGAUGGGAGAGGAGAAAUCUGCCCUGGGAACUGAGGGCCCUGCACUGGCUGUGAAGAGGUAUUUCCGGGAAAUCCACCUCUACCUGAAAGAGAAGAAAUACAGUGACUGUGCCUGGGAAAUUGUCAGAGUAGAAAUCAAGAGCUGCUUUCUCUUCAUUAACAAGCUUAUAAGAAAACUCAAGAAAAUUGGAGGAAAUGUAACUGGUGCCUUUUGGCUAAAACUUAUAUUAUAA